AAAUAGUUGCUUUUUAACUUAACUAAAAAAAACUAGAGUAUUGACCACCAAAAUUCAUAGUUGAAGAGCACCUUUUCUGAUACUUUUUUUCCAUUACUUGCUUAGUUUUGUUCUCUUGUUGUGAGUGCUUUCAAGCUUUGCAAAGAAGAAGAGCUUUUGAAAUGGAUCAGAAUAAAAAAGGGGGUCAAAUGAGACUUUGGGGUGAUAACCUUCCUGACAUCACAUCUCAAAUUGCACCCUUGACCAUAGAUGUUGUGGAUUUACCUUUAUCAGUUACUAAAGAUGAGAUAGCGGCGACGUUUUCCAUUGAUCACGACUGCAUCACCUUGAAGCGGGAGCGUGGCAAGAAGUCUGCCUCUGCCAUCAUUGUUCUCCCCAGCUGGCGUGAAAGUGAUGUAAUUUUGUGUGAUUACGUUGAUGGAGUGUGCUUAGGGAAUCAGAGAGCAUUACUAAAGCAAUCUCAUGACUCGGACGCAUCACAACCCUCCUCAGAGCACUACAAGCCUCAUAAGCUAUCUAGUGAAGAGUUUGACUUGAGCCCUGCAUGCAAUGGACAGCCUACACUUCAUGUCCUCAAUGAUGACAUCUUGCUUCAUAUUAUGAAAUAUUUGAAUGUUGCUGAGAAACUGAUGCUUGAAGCAGUGUGUCGACGCUUCCAGUCUCUGGUUUACCGCGAGCUGGGCCAGAAUAACGUCAUAGACUUCACUGAUGAUGGCUGCGUCUGGCGGAGUGCUCACUCCAAGCUCUCCACAUGUCGCAGCAAGUCGCCAGCCCAGCUCACGCAGGACCUCAAGCUAUGCACCUAUAAGAUGCUCAUCAUGAACGCAAACCACCUCACUACUUUGAGACUCGACGAGUAUCGCUGCAUCUUUGAUGUCAACGUAUUUGCUGCUAUAGGUCGACUUGCUGUGAAUUUGGAGGAUUUAUGCCUGCAGUUCUCGUCAGAGAGAAAGCACUACACGCCAAUCAAGACCAUCUUCUCGCGCUGCACCAAACUCAAGACUUUUUGUCUCGAAGGCAGAUUCGACACUGACGAUUUGCUGCAAGACUUGCAGCAAUGCAAAUGUUUGGAAGUGUUGCGGCUGGGCAGAGUGUGGAAUUUUAGCUGGGAACUUCUAAGCAAAUUGAAAACUCCUCUGAAGGAGCUGUCAAUCCACAACAUUGAAUUUUUCUAUUUUAACCCUUUAAUGAAGAGAGAGUGCCAUCUGGACUUCGCAUUCAACUCAAGCCUCACGACAAUCCGCAUGUUCAACCAUGCGGAUUCACAUCCAGGGGAAAUUCGGCUGGGGGAAACUCUGUUGUCAUUCAUGGCUCACAAGUGUCCUGCGCUGACCCAACUCCAGCUUGAUUGCUCCUGGUAUUAUGCGCCCCCCAAUUUCAAGCCAUUCAAUAACUUGAAGGUGCUGCACUUUAUUGCUUCGGACCACGAUAAAAUCGAGGUUCUUCUCAAAAGCGCUCUGCCGGACCUCGAGGAUCUUUACAUCGAGUUCUCAAGAGAGAAAGUAUAUGAUAUGCACUUACUAAAUGAAGUCUUGGCUAUAGACUUUUCGCUGGCGCCGACGUCAGUGACGUCCCUGACGCUGCCGUCCGUCGCUUUGGACGAUAACUCUUACAAGAACCUCCUGCGCAUGCCUAAGCUGCAGCGAGUCUUUGUCAAAAGCAAGAAGUUCUCAAUGGCUCAGCUUAAACUGUGA